UACGUCUGCGCAACGAACUACAUAUCCCAACAGGGAGCGCGCCCGCCGCGGCGCCCCGUGGGAGCUGGAGCUGCUGACAGAAGCGGACCACUAGGAUCCUAGCACAGACACGAUGGAGCCGAGGGCAGCUGAGCUGGAACGCCGGAUCCGGACCACGCUGGGACCCUUCGGCUUUGAGGUGCACCCCUUCCAGGUGGGAUGGUACAAUGCACUGCUGCCCCCAGCCUUCCAGCUGCCCUUCCCUGGGCCUACACUUGCUUUUGUGGUCCUCAGCACCCCUGCCAUGUUUGACCGAGCCCUCAAGCCCUUCCUGCAGAGUGCCCACCUGCAACCUCUGAAGGACCCUGUGGACCAGUGUGUAGCCUACCAUCUCACCAACCUUCAGAAGAGCCUUCCAGAGCAGGAGGUGAACAUCAUCACUGACUAUGACAUGCACCCGAACCGGCGCCCCAAAAUCUUAGCCCAGACAGCUGCCCACGUGGCAGGGGCUGCUUACUACUACCAGCGGCGAGACGUGGAGUCUGACCCCUGGGGAGACAAGGUUGGUGAGAAAAUCGCCGGUGUAUGCAUCCACCCCCGCUAUGGGGGUUGGUUUGCCAUUCGUGGGGUGCUGCUGCUUCCGGGGGUGGAGGUGCCCGAUUUGCCACCCCUGUCGCCUCCCGACUGUGUGCCCACCCAGGAGGGCCGCAUUGCUCUGCUGGAGAAUUUCAACUUCCACUGGAGAGACUGGACUUACAGGGACGCCGUGGCCCCGGUAGAGCGCUACUCGGACGAGCAAAAGGCCUACUUCUCCACACCCCCUGCCCAGCGCCUCCAGCUGCUCCAGCCCCUCAAGUCCUUGGGGGCCCAGCCCAGAGAGACAAUGGACCCCAAAUGGGGAGGCGGGCGGGCCGCCCCAAGAAGGGUCUUUGCUACUGUGCCACAGGGGACCUAGUCCCAUUCCUUCUCCAGCCUGAACUGCUAUAGCCACUUAUUGUAGUAUGGAGGGCAAGGACCAAAGAAGGAACAGACAGACGUUGAUUUUAAUUAAUAGGAAACUAUUCUGGUAGCUCCUAGGACAGGAUAGUGAGUUCCUGAGACUCGAAGCCUUUGGACUACUGGUCGGUCCUCCAUUCCCUCAUGUGUGACAGGGUGGUCGUGAGCCUGGCUUGAGGGGCCAAAGGGCUGUGCUUCUUAGACCACCCUAACUAACCUUGGCCCUCCCUCCCUCCCUCCCUCCCUCGGAAUCAAGCAGCUGUUUCCAGGGAGCUUUUAGGUAGUCAGUGGGUCCUGGUGCCCUCUUGCUUGGCUAUCACUGAACCUCAAGUGUCACAGCUGUGGGACGAGCGCCCACCCACCCCAGGCGCUCCUCAGGUGGGUCAUGGCAGCUCGUCCAAGAGGCCCAACUGCACAUGGCCACUUUCUCCCAGGGUUGGGUUUGUGUGGGCAUCCCCUGGUGAGGGUAAGAUUGAUCUUCCAGAAGCCUUAUCCAUGGGGGAGUUUCCUCCCGUCAUCCAGAAUUUGUCAUCCUAUCCAGUGGCCUCUGCUGAGUCCCUGCUCUGUGUGCACUUGGGCAUUGACAAGGGCAAGGACUGUUCCCUAGCCCUCCUCCCUGGACAGAGGCCCCAGCGUGGAGGCUGCAACCUUGACCUUCCAGGACUGUUCCUAAGAGCCACACUUAACAAUUAAGUGUAAACCUGUUUCUGAAUGUGUAAAGUGGAGCUGCUAAUAGUACCUCACAAGAGUUGUUUGUGAGGGUCAAGAGAUAACAUACUAAGUGCUUUGCAAAUCUUCACA